CAAAACAGUAAAGUGAGUUUUAGUGACGAAUGUGUUUAUUUUAUAGUUUCAUUAUAGGACUACGUAUCAUAACAAAUGACGAGACGUGAUUUAGUUAAGCAUUUUUGUUCCUUGCAAAUUAUAGCUAGCUAACAUUAUUAGCUAGCUUGGUACGACACUAGGCUGUAGCCAAUUCUCAAGUGUCAACGUUAUCGACUGAAAAGCAGUGGUUUGCUUGCAAUCUAUUCAUUAUCAACUAACUGGCGUGCUAAUCUUUACCUGCAUAGUGAAUGGACAAUGCCUGCCCCUAAAAGACAACAGACUUCUCAGGAUCCUCAAACUAAGAGAAGAAAGUUGGAUCAGAAUGAAGUGGCCAUGCCGUCUAACAAAAUGACACCAGCCUCUGCAACGUCAAGCAAGCCCCAUAGAGAAGGACCUUCACAGAGAAGGAAUAAGAAAAAGCCCCCAGCACAACGAAAAGACAGAAAUAAACCAUCAAAGUCCGGCCGUCAUUCCUCCAAGACAAGAUCAGCCCAAAAGGCCACCACAAGGACCAAGUCCAAUCCCCUUGUCAAGAAUGCCAAGCUGCCGAAAGCCACAAGUACCUCAUCAAAUAAUCCCAACUCCAAAGGAACCCUAAAAAGACCAGCCAAGAUCUCAAAAACAGCUUCCACAGAGUCAGACGAGGAGCUUAUCAGAACUCGCAAACCCGAUUGCAUCAGAAAAUACUCUAAUGGGGAUAGAGGUAAGCGUAAAGGGGCACAGACUAACCCAAGUGAAGCAGCCUUACCCUCAGACCCUGUGCAAAUGGAUCACAAUUAUGGUAUACCCCCUGCAUCUCGUGGUAGUCAUUCUGAAUGUGAGCAAAGUAAAACUAAGGGAGUCACAGAGUCCACCAGAAGCCCAAAGAGCCAGAGAGAUGUAAAGAUGGCAACUCAAGCAUCUUCAGUGAAGGCUUCAGAUCCCGUACCUGGACAACCUGAGCAGGUGAACCAGAGCAGUGAGACACAGGAGAUGCAGGGAGAUUCUGUGACUACUCCUACAGAUGAAGUUAAUGAGAGUGUAGAGACCAAGCCUGACACACAAAUAAUGUCUCCUGCUAUAUUAGCAUCCUCUGAGAAAGCAUCAGACCCCAUCCCUGAGCAGUUGAACCAGAGCAGGAAGAUGCAGGGAGAUUCUGUCACUACUCCUACAGAUGAAGUUAAUGAGAGUGUAGAGACCAAGCCUGACACACAAAUAAUGUCUCCUCCCGCUUUAGUAGCAUCCUCUGAGAGAGCUUCAGACCCCAUCCUAGAGCAGUUGAACCAGAGCAGUGAGACACAGGAGAUGCAGGGAGAUUCUGUGACUACUCCUACAGAUGAAGUUAAUGAGAGUGUAGAGACCAAGCCUGACACACAAAUAAUGUCUCCUCCCGCUAUAGUAGCAUCCUCUGAGAGAGCUUCAGACCCCAUCCUAGAGCAGUUGAACCAGAGCAGUAAGAUGGAGGGAGAUUCUGUGACUACUCCUACAGAUGAAGUUAAUGAGAGUGUAGAGACAAAGCCUGACACACAAAUAAUGUCUCCUCCCGCUAUAGUAGAGUCCUCUGAGAGAGCUUCAGACCCCAUCCCUGAGCAGUUGAACCAGAGCAGUGAGACACAGGAGAUGCAGGGAGAUUCUGUGACUACUCCUACAGAUGAAGUUAAUGAGAGUGUAGAGACAAAGCCUGACACACAAAUAAUGUCUCCUCCCGCUAUAGUAGCAUCCUCUGAGAGCGCUUCAGACCCCAUCCCUGAGCAGUUGAACCAGAGCAGUAAGAUGGAGGGAGAUUCUGUGACUACUCCUACAGAUGAAGUUAAUGAGAGUGUAGAGACAAAGCCUGACACACAAAUAAUGUCUCCUCCCGCUAUAGUAGCAUCCUCUGAGAGAGCUUCAGACCCCAUCCCUGAGCAGUUGAACCAGAGCAGUGAGACGCAGGGUGUUCAGGAAGGUUCUGUGACCACCCCUACAGUUCAAGUUAAUGAGAGUGUAGAGAGCAAGCUUGAUGCAUGUAUCAAGUGUGCAGACCCUGUAUCUGAACAGAGCACCAAGACGCAGGAGAUGCAGGAAAAUGCGACAGGUCUUGUUAAUGAACGUCUAGAGACUAAGGUCAAUGCGAAAAUACUCUCUCCUCCAGCUAAAGGCCUAGUAGCAUAUAGCAGCAGUAGUGAUUCCGAAAGUGAAAGUGAGGAAAAUGAAAGGAAGGCAGUCGAAGAGUCAAGAGAUGUGACAAGAGAUGUGACGAUGGAAACUCAAGUGUCUUCAGAGAAGAUCUCAGACCCUGUACAUGAACAGGUGAAUCAGAGCAGUACGAGCCAGCAGAUACAGGAAGAUUCCAUGACCACCUCUACAUAUGAAGUUUGUGAAGGUCCCAUGACCACCCCUAGUGAGAGUGUAGACACCAAGCUUGAUACAAAUAUAAAGUCUCCUCCAUCUAUAGAAGCGUUUUCAGAGGACGCUUCAGACCCUGUCCCUGAACAGGUUAAUCAGAGCAGUACGAGCCAGCAGAUACAGGAAGAUUCCAUGACCACCUCUACAUAUGAAGUUUGUGAAGGUCCCAUGACCACCCCUAGUGAGAGUGUAGACACCAAGCUUGAUACAAAUAUAAAGUCUCCUCCAUCUAUAGAAGCGUUUUCAGAGGAUGCUUCAGACCCUGUCCCUGAACAGGUUAAUCAGAUAUGCAUCGAAAUAGAGGAUAUGCAGAAAAAUUCCAUGACCACCUCUCCAGAUGAAGUAGUUGAACAUUUAGAUACCAAGCUUGAUGCAAAAAUAGAUAUCCCUCCACCUCUAGAAGCAUCCUUUGAGGAGACCCAUACAGUUGAAGUCAGUGAGAGUGCAGGGACCACACUUGAUGCAAAUAUAAAGUGUCCACAUCCUGCAACUGUACAUGUGAUGCAGAGCACUGAGAUGCAGGAAGAUUCUGCGCCCACCCCUGCAGAUCAAGUUAGUGAGAGUUUAGACACCAAGCUUGAUAUCGAAGUAAAAUCUCCUCCACCUGUGGAAGUAGCCUCAGAAGAGACUUCAGACAAUGUCUCAGAACAGGUGAAGCAGAGCACUGAGAGACAGGAGGUCCAGGACGAUUCCAUGACCAUCCCUACAGAUAAACUUAGGGAAAGUUUAGAGACAAUGUCGGGUGCUAAGAUAAAGUCUCCACCCCUAGAAGCACUUUUCAGUGCUCUGAAGGAGUCCAGUCUUUGCAGACACCCCCUGUCUGAUACAAUGCGCUCAAAUGUCAAAGAGUUUCUGGAGGUAGAGGAUUCUUUAGAAAUCAUGAAAAAAGACUGCGACUUUGGUGUGACAGAGAGUAUUGAGUGUACCUUAGACCUGGAGACCCCGAUUAUUGUUGAGGAUAUGGAGAUCGGUCACUGUGUCGUGGAGGUGGUGGGAGAGAAUGGGGAAGAUGUGGAUAUGGAUAGUGAUCUGGAAAUCAUAGACAACUCUAAGGAGGUGCCAGAGAAGACAGUCCAGCUAACCAAAGGGUCUGAAGAUGAGUGCCGUCUGGAUAACAGUGAAGCUGGCACUGAAAAGAAAGGCACAAGUUCCUCCAACCAAGACAGAACUAAUAGUGGCAAGAAGGAAGUUGCUAAAAAGACACAGGGUAGCCCGGAAAAACCUAAGAAACAGCAGAUGAACCCUCAGGCCCGGACUAAAGCCAGACUAGCAGCGCUAGCUGAGCAAAAGGCAGCCGCCUCCAAAAAAGCGAGCAGGCAGCUCAACCUCCUUGCCUUAUGUGAGGAAAUAGCGGACGAUAUCGCCACGGACACCAUGCUAUUAAAGACGGAGGAAGAGGAGGAGCAGGUUGUAACGGUUGAGGCUGAACCCAGCAAGGAGCCAGAAGGCCCAAAGCCUUUCACACAGGCUGAGACUGUCCCUAUCCCUCCAACUCCUGCCGGGCCCAAGGAGCCCUCUACCCCAGUACCCGCUGCUGCAGUUUCUGCUCCAGCCAAGCCCCCAGCUCCAGAGCCACCACAGAGGCGCUUCUUCAUCAGCCAAGUGACGGUGCCCCUCAAAAUCCACGAGAAGAAGAAGCUUACAAGGUUCCAGAGGCUGCGGCAGGUGGAGCUGCAGCGGGAGAAGAAUAUGUCCUGGACCAUGGUGAAGAAGCUCAAGUCCGAUCAGGCCAAUCAGAAGAUGUUUCCGGAGACAGAGGCUAAACCUGCCCCCACAUUACUGUCCACUCCAGCAGUAGCAGCACCCAUCCCGGUGACCACAACCCCCCCACCCCCCUCAGCCAGUCCAGCAGCACCCACAGUAGCUGCACCCUGUCCUACCCCAGCUGCAGCCAGCCCAGCAGUAACCCCUAAGCUUGAGCCCCCCAAAGUUGAGCCCCCCAAAGUGACCCCAAGUAAGGGACCCACCCUUAGAAAGAGGACGCUUCCAGCAGUACCCCCGCCGAUGCCCAACGGGCUGAAAGCUCAGAAGGCCAAGCCUGUGGCGGAGUAUAAGCCUUACAAAGCCAGGCCCAAGUACUCCUUUGAUGACUUUCAACUGGAUGACGAGCCGAAACCCACAGUGCAGAAAGCAGUACUGUCGACCGUGCAGAGGGCAGCAUUGAGACCUACAUCUACCACCAUUCCGAGGGCAGCAGUGACACUUACGACAGCGGCCAAACAUGAGGACUCAAAACCUACCGGCCAGAAGACAGCAGUGCCUACUGGCCAGAAGGCGGCAGUACCAACCAUGCAGAAGACGGCAGUACCUACCAUGCAGAAGACGGCAGUACCUACCUUGCAGAAGGCGGCAGUACCUACCUUGCAGAAGGCGGCAGUACCUACCUUGCAGAAGGCGGCAGUACCUACCUUGCAGAAGGCGGCAGUACCUACCUUGCAGAAGGCGGCAGUACCUACCGUGCAGAAGACGGCAGUACCUACCGUGCAGAAGACGGCAGUACCUACCGUGCAGAAGCCGGCAGUACCUACCGGCCAGAAGACGGCAGUACCUGCCGUGCAGAAGACGGAAGUACCUGCCGUGCAGAAGACGGCAGUACCUGCCGUGCAGAAGACGGCAGUACCUGCCGUGCAGAAGCCGGCAGUACCUGCCGUGCAGAAGCCGGCAGUACCUGCCGGCCAGAAGCCGGCAGUACGCGCCGCGCAGAAGCCGGCAGUACCUUCCAGCCAGAAGCCGGCAGUACCUGCCGCGCAGAAGCUGGCAGUACCCGCCGCGCAGAAGCCGGCAGUACCUACUGCGCAAAAAAUAGUUGUACCUACCACUCAGAAGACCGCACCAACUGUGCAGAAGGCAGUUGUGACAAAACCAACAGUGCAGAAGGCAGUAGAGACACCAACCCCUAUGCCCAGAAAUGGCAAACAUGAGGACUCCAAACUCACUGUACAGAAGGCAGAAGUGCCUAAACCCACUGUACAAAAGGAAACAGUGGUACCUACACUUACCCCUCAAACUGAGGAGAAAGCAGAAGCAUCACCUACGCCCAAAACUGCCAAAGAUGAGGAUUACAUAGCACCAGUGUCUUCCCCUCCCUUUGAAGAGGCCCCACGAGAUUCUGUUGACAAGGAUCAGUGUGAAGAAAAGCCUGCUGUUGCUGAGAUUAAACCGGCAUCCCCAGAGGUCAAGACAGAGGGCACGACAACAACAGAGUCCUCUGACUCUGUGGUCGUGCAAUCAGCAGAUAAUAGCAGUCCCCUCUCUGACGCAUGUCUGCAGAAAGAGAUAAAAAAACUAAAGGAGGCCGACAAAGAUGAAAAUCAAACCACCACUGAUGCAGGGCAGAAGCACUUUGGAGCGGUGACCUGCGGUGUGUGUGGGAUGCUGUAUUCCGCUGCCAACCCGGAGGAUGAGUCCCAGCACCUGCACUUCCACAACCAGUUCAUCAGUGCUGUCAGAUAUGUGGGGUGGAAGAAGGAGAGGAUUCUGGGAGAGUACCCCGAUGGCAAGAUCAUCCUUGUCCUUCCAGAUGACCCCAAAUAUGCACUGAAGAAGGUUGAGGAGAUCAGAGAGAUGGUGGACAACGACUUGGGCUUCCAGCAGCUGGAGACCAAGUGUCCCUCCCAGACCAAAACCUUCCUGUUCAUCUCCAAUGACAAGAAGGUGGCUGGGUGCCUAAUCGCUGAGCACAUUCAGGAGGGCUACAGGGUGAUCGAGGAGGCGGUGCCCGAGGGCUCGGAGGGAGAGAAGGUGAUGUUUGAGCGUCAGAGAGCCUGGUGCUGUUCCACUGACCCAGAGCCAGCCCUCUGUGGCAUCAGCCGCAUCUGGGUCUUCAGCAUGAUGAGACGGACGGGCAUCGCCUCGCGCAUGAUCGAGUCUCUCAGGAACAACUUCAUUUACGGCUCCUACCUGAGCAAGGAGGAGAUUGCCUUCUCUGACCCAACGCCCGACGGGAAGCUCUUCGCUACACACUACUGCGGCACAUCGCAGUUCCUGGUUUAUAACUUUGUCAGUGGGACUCGUUCAGACCAACCAAGUCUUAGCGUGGUGUAAGCAAUCGCAUCAAGGUGGAUUUUUUUGUUGUUGCUGAGGCCCAGUGAGACUUGCCCUCACCAACUAACCAACCAAUCUCUGGAUCUUGUCGUGGGGACAGCCUGUCACAAGCACAUUGUGGUUCUUUUAGACUGAAGAGUUAAGACUCAGACUGACUCUUCUGAAGGGGGACAUCUUGGUUUUUAAUCUCAGGUUGAAAACAACAACUUGUUGUUUGAAAAAUAUUUAAAUUCUCCCUUUAAUCCCUGCAUAGUAUUUUGAGACAAAUAAUAUUUUUCUUUAUGUUUUUUAAAUAAGAAACAAGCGUUUUAUUGGAAGUAUUAAAGCGUUUACAUGCAUGAAACUUGACAGCAAUAGAAUACAAAGAGCAUUUCACAAUUCAUAGUUUCCAAACAUCGGAGAGAGACACUACAUUUUACUCAAACGGUUCGAAAACAAUGCUGUGGUCCUGUUCUAAUAAUGCAUUUAAUUCAUUUUAGCCUCUUAAAUCAGGUUGAAAGUUGCUGUACUAAGGUGAAGACGUAUUCCUCUUGUGUAGGGGAUGUUCUUACACACAUCAUGUUCAUCAUCUCUUGACAUUUCAUUCAGUGAUAUUAUGACCACAGAGGUUCCAUUAUGUGAUGGGGUACAUUACUAAACUCAGCAAGAAAAGAAACGUC